AUGUCUACGCUGGUGACUUAUUCUCCAGAAACUGCUCUUCCUGUGGUCUCAGGAUGCGUUGCAUUCGGGACGACAUUGUGUCUCUCGACUCUUGCACAAAAGAUCAUUGGCAUUUCGACAGCAAACAAAAUGGUUCCUUCCCUGUUUGGAAUGGCAACUGUUUGUCUAGCUUCAAUGGCCAGUCAACGAGCUGCUAUCUGUACAUAUGAUUGGGUGAAUGACAAGCGGCCGAUUCAAGAAUUCAUCAUGGAUCCAAAGACCCGAAACACACUGUUCUCGCCGUCCACAGCAUCCUCUGCUGACUGCAUUCGAAUAGGUGACCACAUCAAGAUACCAAAACACGACAUUCGGGUAUGCGCUGUUGGGUUGGCUGCCUUCAAACUAUUAGGGGGUCGAUUUUGGGCCAUUGCCCCGUCAAGUUUCACUAAUCUUGGUUCGUUUUCACGGUGGUCGAUCCCAUGUGGUGAAAGAUAUGCAACUACAAACCAGCGCACUUUGAUUGAAAAAAUGGGAAGGCGAUGGGGUUGUCACACUUGUGGAUCACGAAUGUUCUUUUCUAGGCUAGGGAAAAACAAGUUUGUCGGUGAUCACAUGCCACCAAAAUCUGUAGCCGAUCAGAUGAACAAGAGCUGGCUCCGAAGAAUGAACAUCUUACCGAAAGUUCCAUUUCGAUUUUAUCCGCAGUGCGUGAAGUGCUCGAAUACGCAAGGUUCAAUCCUAUCCAAAGCGUCUAAUGAGUUAUCCAAAAAAACACUUUUGCCAUCCUGGAUAAAAGCAGCAAAUCUAGAGAAAGCAGGAGGUGGACGAGCAGCUCAUUUUCACGGUUUGAGAUUUCGAGCGAACCACUUAACUGGCGGAAUAUUAGCCGGUGCUACUGUUGUUGGUGCAACCAAGUCGGAAGUCUCCAAAGGAAAUAAGAAACGUUUUCAGGGUGCCACUAAUCAGGCGGAGGAUAUUGUCAAAUCUGCAAAUGUUCAGGUGAAGGAGUUGAUAAAGUCUGCAACUAGAUAG